AUGUACCCGGCAAAAAACAAUGCUAAACAGAACGAAGAACCGGUUUGUUCGUCGGUUUCGGUCGCGGACGGAGCUAUGCGAACACGCCGGCCGUGGCUUGAAAGCCGAGCGACGCGCUCCUCCAGCGACACUACCGCGGCGGUCGGUUCGAUUCCGUUUGGCCCGGGCCCGCUCGGUUCGGGUCGCGUUCGACCGGACCCGACGCGUUUCGACAAGCCGGGCGGCACUUGCGCGUUUGUCGGACGACACGGCGCGAAGACGCGGCUCAACGCUUCCGACGCGAUUUCCGUGCCUCGAGGGCGAUGGCAUCAACGGCGUUUCAGUGAUCGCCGGCGGAUCGCGGGGCUUAUCGGAAACUCGUAUUUUAAUUUUAGCGAGCGGAAAUGCCGUCCGUGGACAGCCCGAAAGCCGAACAAGGCCGGUCGCGGUCGGUCGUCCACGACGAUCGGCGGCGCGGUUUCUCCCGUCCAAAUCCACCGCGUGAACAAGUGA